CUUAUCCCGAUUAACAACCCCCUACAUUUAUCCGCAACGUCACAACGACUUUGACAACGACCACUGUGGUCAAUUUCUUCCUGCUCCAGCACCAAACCUCACGACUUUGUUGCCGCAUCCCAGAGCGGUUUGCGCCCAUAUUGAGCCACCUCUAAUUGGCCCUGUACGAGAGAGAGAGAAGAGAGCAGGGAAGAGACACCAUCAUAAUAUAGCUUCAUCAUGCGGUUGCCCUCACUAUCAGCAGCGCUCCUUGGUGCGCUCGCAUGGACUGCCCGCGCUGAUGAUCUUGAUGAUAACAUCAGGAGUAUUUCGCUCAGGACACAUUCCUUGACCCAGCCCUACCUGGACUCGGACAUGCAAAGCCGCUGGUACGACUUCGGCGGAGAUACCAUUAUUCGAACCGAUUCGUAUAUUCGACUUACUUCGGAUCGUCCAUCGCAGUCAGGGUGGAUGUACUCACGAGUUCCCCUCACCGCGACAAACUGGCAGGUCGAGGUUGAAUUCAAGAUCUCGGGCAAGAACCAGCUCUAUGGAGACGGCUUUGCUAUGUGGAUUACCCGCCAACGUGCGCAACAGGGUACUGUCUUUGGAGGACCCGAUAACUUCGAAGGCCUCGGAGUCUUCAUCGACACUUACAAGAACAACCGUCCCGGCGUUGUCUUCCCCUAUGUCAUGGCCAUGUAUGGCGAUGGCAAGACCUCUUACGACAAAUCCAACGAUGGAAAGCACACCGAGCUCGCUGGCUGCUCUGCGCGUGGUAUUCGACAUGCGAGUGUCCCUACCAAGAUGCGCCUCACCUACUUCCAGGACAAACAACUCAGGCUGGAGCUCCAGUACAAGGUUGAGGAUGAGUGGCAGACAUGCUUCGACCUCGAGGAUCCCCCAGCCAUUCCUAACAUUGCCUAUGUUGGUUUCACUGCUGAGACUGGUGAGCUCAGCGACAACCACGAUAUCAUUUCGGUGGCGGCCAAGAACCUUUACACUCAGCCUGGCACCAGCAACACUGGUAAGUCAUCUGGCACUAAGAAUAAGGGACGCAAGGGCACCGGUAAGACCACCAACGGAAACAAGCAGGGUGGUAGCUGGACAUGGUUCUUUACCAAAAUCAUACUGUUCAUCAUUGUUGCUGGCGGUGCUUAUGUUGGCUACACUGCCUACCGAGCCAGGGCCAAAUCGCACAGGUUCUAGACGGGAUCGUCGAGUAUGAAUGGGGCCAGCGCCUGAAAUGAAGUGACGGAAACAAGUUGGUGAGAUAAAAAUGUUUCCGCUUAGACAGCAUCGUUCAGCUUUCCUUGAAUCUCUUGUAUCUGUGUUUUGAGUAAGGGAGAGGCAACGAGAAGGGUACAAGUCGGUGAGCAUUGUGACGCACCUUUGAUACGGCGGAAAAAACAAU